ACAUCAAUUGUUGAGCAUCAGUACCUUUACACAUAAUAAUUAACCCGAAAUUAAAAAGAGAGACAAAGAGAGAGAAUGGUCAUGGCAACGAAGUUAGUUUCUACUCUCGCCAUCUUUUUCGUCCUCGUUCUGGUGAUCUCUGAAAUGCCAGGGACAGAAGCUCAUGCUGAAGAGUGCCUGAAAGAAUACGGUGGUGAUGUUGGUUUCCAAUUCUGUGCGCCUCGGAUAUUUCCGUCGUUCUGUGUUUCAAGGUGCCAAGCAGACAAGGGUGCUAAAGGUGGUAAAUGCACCUGGGGAAGUGACGGUGUUAAAUGCUUAUGCGACUUCUGCGGCGAAGAACUUACCGAACAGUUUAUAAGACAAGUUUGAAUCUUGCAAAUGUCAUGGUUUGCAUAAUAAUCCAAGAAAUAAUGUAACGAUGAAUAAUAAUAUAAAGCAACGACUUUGCUUUUUGGGUUA